AUGUCCGCUGUUGCAAUUAUUCUUGUAGGAGGACCUUCAAGUGGUACAAGAUUCCGUCCUUUGUCAUUAGAUAUCCCAAAGCCUCUUUUUCCUAUUGCAGGGAAACCUAUGAUAUGGCACCAUCUUAUUGCAUUAUCAAAGGUUGAAGUUGUUCGUGACGUGCUUCUUAUUGGGUUUUAUGAUGAAUCUGUUUUUUCUAGUUUUUUAAAGGAUGCUAAAGAUCGAUUUUUAAAUUUUUCUAUUAAGUAUUUGCGUGAAUACCAGUCUCUUGGUACUGCUGGAGGGCUAUAUCUUUUUCGUGAUGUUAUUCUUCGGCAUUCUCCUAAAAUGAUUUUUGUUCUGCACUCUGAUCUUUGUUGUUCGUUUCCUCUUAAAAAUAUGCUUAAAAUGCAUUUAGAAAAGAAUGCUAUUGGAACAAUCUUAGGAACUAAAGUUUCCCCUGAUGUUACAAAUAAUUUUGGUUGUAUUGUCUGGGAUUCAUCUACAGGAGAGGUAAUCCACUAUGUUGAAAAGCCAGAAACACAUAUCAGUUCUACGAUUAACUGUGGUGUAUAUAUUUUUGAUGGCUCUAUUUUUGAUCAAAUCAAAGAAUCUAUACGGUUGAGAAAUGAACAAAAUAAAGAGAUAUCGAAUUCUUUUUUUCACCCUGAUGAACGGUUACGUCUUGAGCAGGAUAUUCUUGCUCCUCUUAGUCAAACGAAAAAGCUUUUUGUUUAUGAAACUAAUGAUUUUUGGCGUCAAAUUAAAACAGCUGGAUCUUCUGUUCCUGCUAAUGCAUUGUAUCUUCAGCGUGCACAGGAAAAUGGUGAUAAAGAAUUGUUUUCUAAGGAUGAUGGUCCAGAAAUUGUUCAACCUGUAUAUAUUGAUUCUUCUGCAUCUGUAGAUUUUUCUGCUAAACUUGGUCCAAAUGUUUCAAUUGGACCAAAAGUUAAAAUUUGUUCCGGAGUUCGUAUUAGUAAUGCUAUUAUUUUAGAUGGAACAGAAAUUAAGGAUAAUGCAUGUAUUCUUCAUUCUAUUAUUAGUCGAGGAUGUCGUGUUGGACAAUGGGCCCGUGUAGAAGGCACUCCUACUCUUCCUAUGCAACACAAUACCACAAUUCUUCGGAACGGAGUGAAAGUACAAGCUAUUACUGUUGUUGCUAAUGACGUCACCAUUCAUGAUGAAGUAAGGGUUCAAAAUUGCAUUGUGCUCCCUCACAAAGAAAUUAAAAAAGGCGUAGUUGGUGAAGUAAAGUUUCUUGUACUAUUAGAAUGGCUAAGAUAA